AUGAAACAUUUUCUUCUAGUUCUGAAUGUCCUGGCAUUAACCCUGCCUUUUUUGGCUGCAGAGAUAGUACAAAGCCAGGAACAGCCAACAUGCCAUGAGAAUGAGGAAAAAGUGCUCAACCAGAAAGCAGUUCCCUACGUCCCAUUCUACUUUGUGAUGAGCAGAUUUCUGCCUUACGAACCCAACUUCUACCAACAUAGAACAGCUGUGCCAACUUUCAGUCCAUUUAUGCUUAACCCGUAUUACAUCAAACCAAUUGUAGUUAAGCCAAAUAUGCAAGUCCCUCAGUGGCAAACCCUGCCAAAUGUCCACCAGCCAACAGUGGCACAUCACUCACGCCGACACCCGUUGAUAAUGGCCAUUCGUCCAAAUAAGGUGCAGGAGGAAAACAUCAUCCCUACUGUCAACACGGUGGCUGCUGAGGAGCCCACCCCAGUUUCUUCCACUGAGCCAUUAGUGAACGCUGAAGUUGUUACAGAGGCUUCCCCAGAGUUCAUUUCUAGCCCUGAACCUGCCACAGCAGCAGUUGCUCCAUCAACGGCAGAGGAACAGUAA